UAUUCAGAAAAGUCAAGGGCCUGCCCGCCCCGCUUUUGUGCGUGUGUGGUUUUUUUGGCCGCUGCCUUAGUUCCACUUCAGAGAGGAGGCGGGCGGGCGCGUUUAUGAUGUCUCUGAGAGAGGAAUAGCAAUACGAGCCAUUCUCUUUCUGGCCUUCGUUGGGAGAGAGAGGCAGGAGAAGCUCCUGUCCUCUGGCCCUGGCUCCUCCGUGGCUCUCAGCCGAGGAUGAGAGAGGAUGAACCGACAGGACACCUGCGUGCACCUCUUGGCUGGAGGAUGUGGGGGCACUGUAGGUGCCAUUCUGACAUGUCCACUAGAAGUUGUGAAAACGCGUCUGCAGUCUUCCUCUGUUACCCUCUAUAUCUCUGAAGUUCAUCUAAAUACUGUGAAUGGUGCCAGUGUUAAUCGUGUAACUAGAGUUUCCCCAGGGCCUCUUCAUUGCUUAAAGAUGAUCUUGCAAAAGGAAGGGCCUCGCUCACUCUUCCGGGGACUAGGUCCUAACUUGGUAGGCGUGGCUCCAUCCAGAGCAAUAUAUUUUGCUGCUUAUUCCAACUGCAAGGAAGCACUGAAUAAUAUCUUUCAGCCAGACUCUACCCAAGUUCACAUGACCUCAGCUGGAGUGGCAGGUUUUACUGCAAUCACAGCAACCAAUCCAAUUUGGUUAAUAAAGACACGAUUACAACUUGAUGCAAGGAAUCGUGGAGAAAAGCGGAUGAGUGCUUUUGAAUGUGUUCGCAAAGUCUAUCAUGCAGAUGGAAUUAAAGGUUUUUACCGAGGAAUGUCUGCAUCUUAUGCAGGCAUAUCAGAGACUGUUAUUCAUUUUGUUAUUUAUGAAAGUAUUAAGCGAAGACUACUGGAAUAUAAAUCUACUUCUGCUAUGGAUGAGGAAGAUGAAUCUGUCAAAGAAGCAUCUGACUUUGUUGGCAUGAUGAUGGCUGCAGCCACUUCCAAAACUUGUGCCACAUCUAUAGCCUAUCCGCAUGAGGUUGUACGAACAAGGCUACGAGAAGAAGGAACAAAGUACAGAUCUUUUUUCCAGACGCUGUCUUUGCUGGUGCGAGAAGAAGGCUAUGGCUCUCUUUACCGUGGCCUAACAACACACUUGUUUAGACAGAUACCGAACACAGCUAUAAUGAUGUCUACAUAUGAAGUGGUAGUCUACUUACUCAAUGGAUAGCAGUGCUACUAGCUGUCUUUAGGAAAUUGGAAGACCAAAAGCUUGCAGUGGACCAUGAACUCUCUCAGUAUGGUAAGCAGCAGAAAAAAAUCUAUCGAGGAUAUGCAACUGUGUGGACAAAAUGGAAGACUGACAGGCAAUCAUGCUCACUCGUGCUGCCUUAUCAUAUGGCAUAUUUUGCAAUGCGAUAAUCUCAAGCUGCUCCUGGGAGGAUUGCCUUUAAAUGCCUCAUAUUUCAGUUGCAAUUUUCUCCUAUUGUGUCAGCUGUUCUAAUGCUAUGCAGUAAGCAUCAGGGACUUGGUGAGAAAGGAGAGUCAUAAUGUGUGUCUAUAUUGCAAAGCAUAUAUUUUCAUUUCUAUGCCAGUUCAUUGCUGCUUUCAGAUUCAUUUUCUGUUACUGCAUGAUAGCCAGUUGGCAGGGUGGGCCUGUGUCUGUUUAAGCAGAUUCAUAAUUGGUCAUGUCUGAAAUUACAUUUUGCAGUCUGAAAUAAAGUGAAAGGUAAAAAUUCACAUUAAGCUCCCCAUUUUACUACCUCGAGGGUCUUUCUUACAGGGAAGCUAAAUUUUCCUCAGUACAAAAAAGUGGCCUUCAUUUGUAGAGAUGAAGGAGACAGCAAGUGGUAAAACAUCGUAUGGAGUUUUGACUGCUUUGAUACCUGACAUUCAUACUUCUGCUAGAAAUGUUAACUGUCCUAAGUAUUUUCCACCAUGAAAUGGAGAAGAGACUUUGGAAGGAUGCACCUGAAACAGAGUUCUCCUUUCUUGGGAUAUGUAUAGUCUAUGCACAGAAAACCAGCUGUGAUUGUUGAUUAAGGCAGCCCAGCCUACUUAAAACAGAAGAACUGAAUGUUGGAAGAGUUUUUAAUGUAUUGCUUGAAAUCUGUGGAAAGCAACAAAUCCAGGGCAGGUUAUCAAGUGUUCUGUCAUUCAGGAUUAUGUUUCCUUUUAUCUAUUGCCUGCUCUUGAACCAACCCGAAACCUGCAUUAACUACAGUAUCAGAACUCUACUAGAUUUGAAGGACAUUGGAGUGCAUCCAUGCCAUGUGAAAAACAAGCACUGCUAUUAACCAGAAGAGAUCACUGAAUACUUUUGGUUUAAGCAUUCCCUUCUGAUUUAUUCCUUGCUUCAUCUUUGCUGAAAACCCUGUAAAGUGAAAAUUCCUGCAUUUUUUUUAGAAUGUUGAACCCUCAAAAUCUAUUUUCCUAUACAGCAUUAUUUGCUACAUUUUAAGAAUGGUUCUUUGCUUUGCUCAUACUCGCUACAUACUGCAAAUAAACCCUUUUAAUGUUCUAACGAUAAAUACAUAAAUUUUACUUUUAACAUCUCUUCUGUGAUUAUAAUACAGCUGCUUUAGAAAUACUUUCAUCCUAAGUGGGCUUGCUAACCAAGUAUUUUUUCACUGACAUAACUGGUAAUGACUCUAGGAGAGAAGAUUGUGAAUACAUUAGUGUGUACUUUGUGUAAUUAUUUUAUAUUUAAAAUGUGACGCUUGCACUUUUAUACCUUCAUUGGCUUGUGACUUUUAUGCCUUUAUGGAUUCCCUUUCCUUUAUUUUGAAGCCCUGCCCAAAGUUAAGUAAUUGUAUAUAUGUCUACGCAGAAGUAACUCCCUUCAAGUUCUGUAGGACUUACUUCUAGGUUAGUGUGUAUAGGGUUAUAGCAGUGGUCCCCAAACUGUGCCCUUUAAGAGAUUUUGGAAUUCCGCUCCCAGAAGCCUCAGCCAUGUUGGCCAAUAGUCUGGGAUUCUGGGAGCUGAAGUCCAAAAUCCCUUAAAGAACUUGGACACUACUAAAUUAUAGCCUAAGGCCUAUUGAUAUCAUAUGCUAAAAUCUUUCACUCUUACACCAGUAGCAUUUAGAAGUGCCUCAUUCUAAUUGGCAUGUGUCCUACAUUUUUAUUCCUGUGUCUCUGCAAGUAGGGUUAAAAGGUCUAAAAGUAAGCAAACUUUGGUCUCUCUAUAUGAGCUGUGCAGAAACUUAGUUCCUGUGACUAGAUCUGAAAAUAAGGCUAGAAUGUUUAAUGUACAGACAAUUUGAAAAAUUUUCCUCCUGAUCCUGUGUCCUUUAUCCUGUGACAAAAUGUCUAACACGUAACUUUUACCGUUAGGGUAAAUGUUUAGUACUAUACCUUCUGUCCCCAUUUUUGGAGCACAAUGACAUUCUGCUACACUUUUUCAGCAGGGAACAGACAAGAAGGCUUACACUGGAAGUGAUGUCAUUAUACAUAUAUUAUAGUAAGACUAUGACUCCUCUAUUUUAAGCUAUAUGUCUUUGGCUUCUAAUUUUCUAAAACCAAGAUUCACCUCUCAGUAACAAGGGGAAAAUUCUGUACUGUAAUGGUAUUAUAAAGCAACUUAUUUCCCCUCCAAAAUAUAUAUCCUGUAUUUUUUUUCUGUUUCCAACAUCCGGAAGAUUCAGAUAUUAUGCCCCACCCCCACUCCUUUACAAUUACUGUGGAAUCGGUAUAGAGGCUUUCAGUAAAUAGAGAUUCCCAAACUCUGAUCCUACAGAUAUUUUGGACUUCAGCUUCCAGAAUUCCUGACUGUUGGCCUAGCUGGCCGUUCUGGGAGUUGAAGAAUAAAAUUAUCUAGAGGUAUUAACUGAACCAAACUGAUUCUAAACAUAUUUAACUUACACUUUAUUAAAAAUUGAUUACCGCAACUCCUAAGUCUAUAAAAUGUUUGAGCUUUUUGGAAACAAGUUCUAUAGUUCAGCUUUUCUAUGGAGAUUAUAUAGGAAAGCUUUCAUGCUGCAUCACUUGCAUGAAUCCAUACAUUUAAACACCCAUGCCAACCAGACAAUUAAUAUAUGCAGUGUCCUGAACUCAAUUGAGACAUUCUGCUGUCAGUGAGCUCUCAAGUACAACAGUUUACUUGAUGAAGAAAAUGCAUGGCUGGGUUCAGAAGAAAAUGUGUCUUCUAGAAGAUAACCCACUCACAAAAUACUUCAGGGUAAUGUAGUUUCAUGUGCACCAUAGCCCACCCUGUUCAUCUAUGUAGUAUUCUCAGGGUGUUAGAGGAAUUUUUCUAUGGGAGGAGGGAAUAGGGAAGUCCAUUUAUGGCAGCCCAAUUGCAUACAAUUUCAUCUGGAUCUAGCCCUUAGAAAUCCACUCCCUUGGAAUUGACCUUAGUUAGAUCUAUAUGGGCUAAAUGUGAGAUAAUUAUAAUUAAUUAGAAGGGGCAUAUGGUGAAGGGAGCAAUUUCUCUUAGACUUCUUUGCUAUCAACAUUACAUUUCACUAAAUGGUAACUAAAUUAGAAUCCAUAGAAAGCCAACUGUUCUUCUGAUACCAGUGUGUUUACUUUGUAACUUUCGAUUUUGCUGCUGUGGAAGAGCUAUGCUGACAGUAGUGGGGAGCUACUUGGGAGUCCACAGCAAGUAAUGUAAGUGUCAUUCUGCUGGCAGAGAUAGCGGUGCACUAGCAGGAUGAUACCUCAAGUAGUGGAACUCCAUGACAGCAUUUGGGCUGGUACAAGUAGUUCCCUCCCAAUGACUGUAGUAGGAAGGAUGAUGAAAAAGCUGCCACCUGCUCUCUGCAUAGUAAAAUUGCUCUUGUGAUCAUUUUGUAAUAUAGUAUGAAAUCUUUCACAUUUACCUCUUUAACAUCUGAGAAUACAAGAAUACUUUCCCUUACUCCUUUUACUGUGUUUCCAGUUUUCACAUCUAGCUUCUAGUUUCUCACAACACAGACAUUCUUAUGUAGUAAUUAUUUCACCAAAUAUAUGUUUUAAAAAUCCUUUUGAUACCUCUGAAUUGUUUUCUAAAGAGACAAACCAUUGGGUUUUGGGGACGUUGAGUAUAUUAGAUCACAAUUUCGGUUGAAAUAUUGUCAAUUAUAGGAGAUAGGGAACAUGGAAUUAAUACUUUAUUAAUACAAAGAUAAGUUUGUUUUUGUGAUUUGGCUAUAUUCUAUAUACUAUCUGAAUUUAAUCAUAUAAGUACGUAAGAUCACAAUUCCUUGGAAAAUGUGUUUGAGAACCACUACUCAUGCUCACUGCAUGUAUAAUAAUUGGAACCUUGCUACCAUUCUAUUGGAAGUAAUACUGUUUAGAUAGUAUUAUAUAUGUGCAGUAAGGUUGACCAGAAGGUGGCACUAAAGUACAUGCCAAUGUAGGAAAAAUAAUAUUUGAAAUGAUAGUUGAUGUGCCAAAUGCUUUCAGUCUUUUGCAGUUGAGAAUACUUGGUUUAGUGCCAUUACACAUGAAGAAACAAGCCAUACUAGAUUCUUUAACAAAUAGUUCUGGGAUUUUUCCUAAAUGCUAGUUCCUGUAUUUAAUAUUCAACCUGAAAAAGAACAUUAACUCAAGAAGUAAACAUGCAUAAUGCCCACACAGAAGCUCUGCUUCAAAGUCCACUGUGACAUCAGUUUAAUUUUUGAAUUACCAAGAUUUGUUCUUGUAAAUCACAGGUGAUUUGACUAAGUUUUCAGUUUUAGCCAAUGUACAAAUAGCACACGCAGCACCAGUACAAAACAUUACUUGGAGGAAGUUUCUUGUCAUAAAGGGAUUUUGUUACGCAUAAGAGCCUGGGAUAGUAAUCUGCCAUUGGCAUCCAAGGAGCAAUUUCAGACUUGGCCAGCAGAACAUUUUUGUUCUCUCCCACAUCCAGAAAAAGCAGACAGCCAUGCCCUGUCACAAGCUGUUUUUGAGACGCCCUAUAGUGUGAAAACUGGUUUCCCAUGUUGUAUAGACAGCUGCAACCUGAUGACACAAAAGAAAUCCUCAACAGGGCCUAUAUUAGUACUGUCUGUAUGGUUCACACCACAAUUUUUUUAUUGUAUUGUCUGUUCUUUGUUUUUAUUCUAAAUUACUACCACUUGUUUCUGUUUGUUAAAAUGUUCCUCUUCACAGGUGAAUUGUAUGACUGAUCUCUACAAAUUGGAGACUGUUUCCUAUUUACCAUUUUUUUUUAAAAAAAUCUGCAAAUAAGCUGAGUUCUGGUAUGUGCCUACUUUGAAGGAAAGACUUAUUUCUUUCUGCAAAGACCCUGAGGUUCAGCACGAUUACAGUUUUAUUUCAGAAAGUCUGUAGACCCUGCAUAUGUGAACAUAGUUUGCCCCUAGAAGUCAUUACCGUUACUCACCAAGUCCCGUGUUUUGCUGCUUCUGUGAGGUUUGCUGUAGUUCUUGCAUACCAUGUAGCUGGCUGUCAGUGAUGUGCUUUAAAUGCUUUUUGUAUUUAUGUUAUAUUGAUGAGUUUUUGUUUGGAUUGCUUAAAACUUCAAAUUAAAAUAAAACGUGUUUAUUCAAA